CUAUCUAACUCAAAGCAGCCUUUCUUUUAUUCAACUCCUUUAACAUAACGCCAAGAGAUCGCUCUCUCCUCCAUCUCUCUUCCUUUUCCUAUUGCUUCUGCCUUAUGGGUUGCUGAGAAAGGGGAAAAAAAGUAGAAAGUUUCAUCCUUUUUGAUUGCUCUGAGAUUGGCUGAUGCCACGGCUCCAGAAAUUUGUAUAUAAAGUGAGAAAAGUAAAAGAAAAGAGAGAUGGGUUCAUGUGUUUCAUUGCAAAAGAGCCCUAAAGAGUCAGCCAUGAUGCUUGGACUUUCUUUUGAGUCUAAAACAGAUAACAUCGUCAUCCCACCUUCACCUGUUAAGGAGAAGCCAGCUGCCAAUGGUCACUUUGCUCUCAAAUCUCAAUCUCCCUAUUCUUUCAAGGAUUUUGGUAGUAAAGAAGAAACCUUUUUUGAUUCCCGGGCAUAUCUAGAUUCGGAUUGUGAGGAUGAUUUCUUCAGUGUUAAUGGUGAUUUUACUCCAUCUCGUGGUAAUACCCCAGUUCAUCAUAGCUUCUCCGUGGGAACUCCUCGAGUUAACAAGGCUACUGUGGAUGGAUCACCUUUGUCGGUUUCUGAAACAUCGCCAGCUGGAAAGAAAAAGAAACUCCUUGAACUGUUUCGAGAAAGCGUUAGAGAAAACGGAGAUGCAAACGAGCUGAACACCCCAAGUAACCAAGGAACCCCUUAUGCGUCUAGUGCAACCUCUCUUUGCAGUAGUGAAAGGACUGCUAAUGGAGAUAACCCCAUGUUUAAGGAGCAGCCAUUUAAGUCCAUGCAGUGUUGCCUUCCGAGCUUUGUUUCACGCAGUAGUUUUAAUGAGAGGAAGAAAAAGAUGAGCCCUGCAAUAGCUGUGAAUGAUAUGUCCUAAUACUCUUUGAUUCACCGGCGCAUAGGUCGAUGAAACUGGGAUCCCAACUUCCUACAAAUCAUAUGCUUGAGAACUAACUUCGAAGUUUUAUAAACUAGUGAAGUCGGAUCGUGGUGAUAUAUACAUACAUAUGUUAUUUCUGGAUUGUGAAGCAUGUAAAAAGCAUCCA